AUGGACCCUUCGUCCGCCGAGGGAAACCUGGGGGCGAUCGUCAACGACCCACAGCUGCAACACUUCAUUGAGGUGGAGACGCAGAAGCAGCGCUUCCAGCAGCUCGUGCACCAGAUGACGGAGCUCUGCUGGGAGAAAUGCAUGGACAAGCCCGGCCCCAAAUUGGACAGCCGCGCAGACACAUGCUUUGUGAACUGUGUGGAGCACUUCAUUGACACCAGUCAGUUCAUUCUCAACCGACUGGAGCAUACACACAAAUCCAAGUCGCCCUUCUCCGAAAACCUCUCUGACUGAUUUGGGUGCUGCAGUGCCUCAGUUUCCUUCCUUAAUGAGAAA